AUGGAGGACUCCGCUUCAUCCCCGCCCGCAGCCUCCACCGCAACACCAGCCUCCACCGCAGCAACCCCGGCCGCCGUGGGGCAGCUGGAUAAAAAACAGGCCAAAAAGGCAGUGGAAGCUCUGUUGACACAUUCCAAGUCCAGGAAAAACGCGAAUGGAUUGCUUUUAAAUGAGAACGAAAAUUUCUUUUUAAUGGUGGUAUUGUGGAAAAUCCCAAGUAAAGAACUGAGGGUCAGAGUGUCCUUGCCUCAUGGCAUUCGGUCAGAUUUAGCAGAUGUCUGUUUAUUUACUAAGGACGAACCCAAUGUAACUCCUGAAAAGACGGAACAAAUUUAUAAGAAGCUUCUAAAAAAGCAUGGAAUAAAAACCAUUUCUCAGAUUAUCCCCCUCCGAACUUUAAAAACGGAGUAUAAAGCCUAUGAGGCCAAGCUCCGCCUCCUGGGUAGUUUCAACUUGUUCCUUUCUGAUGCAAGAAUCCGACGGCUCUUACCUUCACACCUCGGAAGACAUUUCUAUAAGAGAAAGAAAGUUCCAAUACCUGUAAAUCUUAAAGCCAAGAAUCUUUCCAAAGAGAUCAACACAUCAAUAGGUGGGACUGUCUUAAACAUCUCUAAAAGUGGUUCUUGCAGCACUAUCCGUGUUGGUCACACUGGAAUGCAGGUUCAGCACAUCAUCGAAAACAUUGUUGCUGUCACAGAAAAGCUUUCACAGAAAUUGCCAGAGAAGUGGGAGAGUGUGAAACUCUUGUACGUGAAAACGGAGAGAUCAGUUGCCCUUCCUAUCUUUUCUUCAUUUGUCAGCAGUUGGGAUGAAGCUAAAGGAGUGAACCUUUCUAAUCUGAAGAAACAAGAAGCAAAGAAAUUACAAAAACAAAAAGAACAUAAAAAGAAACAAAAGGAAAAGAAAAGAAACAGAAAGCCUUCGAAGCAGGGCAGAAAGUCUACAUCAGCCCUCCCUACAGAGGAGAUGGCCCCAAAAACUUGUUCUCCAGUGAAGGGCCCUGGACCCCAGAAGAAAGAGACCCCUCAGCCUGAGAAGAAAGAGACCUGCAAAAUAAAAGCCCAAAAUAAAGUGCCAGUUGAAUCUGAAGAAGAAAUUCCAUUACUGGUCCCAAUAGGAGAAACACCAGCCAAAGGAAAAGUAGAGGUGCAAAAACAUGCCACAGGAGAGAAGUCUCCAGUAAAGAGUCCGGGUUCCAACCCACCUCGUGGGAAGAAGAGAAAGGCCUGUCCAGCUUUGGAGAUGCCAAAGCACCAGAGCCCAAGACCCCAGGUAAAGGCCCAGGGAAGAAGCCACGAGUCAAAGAGGAAGUGGAAAAGCAAAGAAACUAUUCUUUGGGGAAAAAAGACCCAAAACAGACGCCCAAAAAGCCAGAGGCCAAGUUCUUCACUACAGCUAAUAAAUCUGCAAAAAAAGCUGCUCGUACCCCCCCAAAAUUGGGCCAAAAACCCAAAGUGCCCCAGUCAACCUAAAGUCAGUGACUUGACCAGGAGGAAACAUCGGAGCUGCCUGGAAAGCUUUUGA